AUGCUAAAGGAAGAGCCAAAAACAAUUUAUCUAGUUGGUGAUUUUUCUGAAGAAAAAGAUAAAUGGGAAGAAGUUACAUAUGACAAAUCUAGCGGGUUUAUGGUAAAAUGCUCUUGUGCACUUUUUGAAACCGAUGGGAUCCUUUGUAGACAUAUAUUGCAUAUCAUAUGGCUUCUUCAGUUGACAGCUAUUCCUGAUAAUUAUAUAUUGCAAAGGUGGAAAAUUGAUGCAAGGCACAAAAACAUUAGAUUUUUUAAUGAUAUGGAUGUAAGAAGCAAUGAAGGUAGCAUGAAGCAGUGCGAUAUUAUUAGAUUGUGGGCAAUUCGAGCCAGAUUCAAUGCUACCCUUGAGAUGGCAUCAUGUUCAGCAAAUGUCAUUUCUAUGUUGGAGAGAAUGCUACAAGAUAUCACUGUAUCAGUUGAGAAGGAAGUAAAGCUUAAUGAAAUUCAUAUUGCAAACUCUCAAAUUGGAAGCCAAAUUAGUUCAAAUACAAAUGUAGUAUUGAGAGAUGGUGAAGAAAUUUUAAUUCGUGAUCCUAGUGGCCCAGUCAAAACAAAGAGUCGUCCAAGAGGUGCUAGCAGGUACAAGUCAGGAAUUGAAGAGUCACAAUCAAAAAAGGAUAUAAAACAUCGAAAAUGUGGGAAUUGUCAACAAUUGGGUCACUAUAAGACCGGUUGCCCGAUGUUGGUGGUUGCAGUUAUGUGUGCGGGCAUUGUGAAGAAGGAGCACAUCAAAAUCCAUGGUAGCUGA